GUGCGUUUUACCGUAGUCUGUUUACAAGGGAGUCGCCGUGAUUUCUUUCAUUUUGAUCUGAUGGAAAGAUGCUCUGCUUUGUCGCCAACAAGUUCUCCCGCCGCAAAAAGCUUCUCCCCCCACUGUUCUCUUCUACCCGCAACUUCCUCUCAGCCGCGGCAACGGCUCAUUCUCCCUCCGCUUCCUCCAAACUGCAUUCUAAAUACACCUUCACUCCCCCGCCCUCUCUUAAACCCACAAGAAGCCCUAAUCUCUCAGACCCGAAACCCCAAAAGCCACCUAAACCCCGCUACCGCCCACCCUCCUCCCUCGACCGUGACGGCCCUCCGACUUCCGUCAACAACCUGCCGUUCGACUUCCGUUUCAGCUACUCCGAGAGCAGCCCUACUGUGCGGCCUAUUGGGCUUCGUGAGCCCAAAUACUCCCCUUUCGGUCCAGGCCGAUUAGACAGGGUAUGGACCGGCGUCUGCGCUCCUGUGGUUGACCCGAAGCGGGGAUCGCCGGAAGAUGAGAGAAAGCUGGAGGAGAAGAGGAGGAGGAUGUGGGAGAAAAUACAAGGGGAGCCAUUGAGCAGCGCAGAGAGGAAGGCUCUUGCUGAGAGAUGUCAGAGGCACAAAACUAAGCGGCAAAUCAAUUUGGGUAGAGAUGGAUUAACACACAAUAUGCUGAGUGUUAUUCAUAAUCACUGGAAACAUGUGGAGGCUGUCAGGAUAAAGUGUAUGGGGGUUCCCACCGUUAAUAUGAAGAACUUGUGCUCUCACUUGGAGGAAAAGACGUUUGGUAAGAUUAUCCACAGACAUGGAGGUUUUAUUGUGCUCUACAGAGGGAGGAAUUAUGACCGGAAGAAGAGGCCAGAGAUUCCAUUAAUGCUGUGGAAACCUCAUGAGCCUGUCUAUCCAAGGCUUAUAAAAACUACUAUUGAUGGCUUGAGUAUCGAGGAAACCAAGGAAAUGAGGAGAAGAGGAUUAGCAAUCCCCGUUUUGACCAAACUCGCUAAAAAUGGCUAUUAUGCUAGCCUUGUACCCAUGGUUCGGGAUUCUUUUUUGACGGAUGAGUUGGUGAGAAUAGAUUGCAGAGGGCUCCCGAGGAGUGAUUACAAGAAAAUCGGCUGUAAAUUAAGGGAUCUUGUUCCUUGUACCCUGGUAACGUUUGAUAAGGAGCAGAUUGUGGUAUGGAGGGGUAAAGACUAUAAACCUAAUAAAGAGGAUGGAUUUUUACUCCCGGAUAGGGAACCAUUUGAUGAUGAUGCAAAGGAUGGUUUGUUUAGCUACCAAGAAGAAGAAGAAGAAUGCAGUGUGAGAUUCUUGGAUGGGGAGCUUCUUCUGAAAGGCGAAUUGUCUCCACCUAGCCAUACUCGAACAGCAUGACUUGUUCUGCUGUAUAAAGCUACAGGCCUUUUUGGGAUGCCUGAUGUUACAAGUUCUGUUAUAUAAGAAGUGGUUCUCAUUUAAGCGCUAUUUUUUAAUAAAAGUUUUCAUCCAGUGCUUGUUAAAUAAGCACAAGAAGUUUUGUUCAUUUUGAAUGAAAAACACAUUUUCAUUUCCUAGUUAAAUGAUUCUUUUUAAAGUAAAAGUAAUUUCUAUCCUAUGGAGACCACUUAUUAUUUGAGAACAAGUCAUCCCUAACAUUCUCUAUAGUGCUUAGCAAGGGAGUCUCGAGAUGCCAUGGAGAAGGAGGUGGGGUAGGAGGAGAUGUUUGGAAAGCUACCAACUUCAUCUCUGACACUGAUCAACGGCUUUCAGAAAUCUUUUUGGACUAAAUGAAGACAACUACGGAGUAAUCUUUAUAUAUAUAAAAGCAGAAUCGUGAGAAAAAAGUGAAGAAUUCUGGCCACUAGAUUACUACACGUGUCAAAAGAUGAUGAAAUUUAAAACAACACAGAAGAAUCACGAUCCACUCCUUGCAUUUUCCAGAUUCAAACACGUGGCAAAACUCCACUGCUUUUCAAAUCCAGUAGUGGGCAAAUUGCAUCACGAUUGCACGACAUUAUAGCAUUACUAUGGCAGUUUUCCCCAACCGCACCAAUAUCCAAUAUAAAUAUCCUGCAUUACAGAAGAGCUUAAACUAUUAAACUCAAGCGCAGGGACCGCAAUAUAUUUCCCACCUUCUGUCAAUUACGUAACUCUAAUAAUUUUUAGAGAAAUUGUGAAUUUUAUUCGACUGCAACGCAGUGGCAGAGGGUUGAAGAGGGUCAUCAGCAACUAAAGCUGCUUAAACGCUUUCCUCCACCACAAUCUGCCCUAGGUUGAAGAUGUUGUUCAACGGAAUUCAAGAGCAACACCUCAAAGACCAACUGGGCACUGCGAGUCAGACUGGUGCGUUCAUAUGCAAUCCCAGUUUUCACCAACAAAAAUGUAAAUGUGAUCAACACUCUAAAAUGUGUGUUUCAUCAUUCAUGAUCAAGAUGUAAUUGAUCUUAGUCAUUUAAAUCCACUUCAUUUUUUAAUUCUGA